GUCACAAAAUCCUUCUUGGUACUCAUGUAAAAAGUCACAAAAAGAAAAAUAAAACAUUCUGUCUUUCACAAAACGAAAUUGUUAAAUUUUAGAAUAAUGAAGUCCCGAAACAAAUAUAAUAUCAAAUGAGCACCAAAAUCCGCCAAAAUGGCGUAUCUCGCUCUCCUCUGGAAAGCGCAAACUAUAGAAAAAUACAGACUGAAAUAUGAAAAAGAGAAAAUGAAUUCGAUACAUUCCAAGAAAGAAUUACGGAGUACUCUAUAUCAAAAAUGGACCGUGUACCGUAAUGACUCGCAGAAGAAAUUCGAACAAAUUUAUAGAAGCUUGUGCCCUGAGGGUUCGAGACUUGCGAAUUCGUGCACUUUUCUGAAGGAAAAUUCAAGUUUUAUUUUAAAAAUUGUGAUUGGUAUUGUCGGGGGAAUUUUGACAUAUUCUCUUUAUACUGUCUUCGUUUGUCAGCUGUCUGUUUGGUCUGUUUUGGGGUGGGCUAUUGGCUUGGCAAUAACUUUGGGCGUUGUUUUCAGUUCCACAGUCAGAUGCUUGUUUCUACUGUUAAUACCUGGACUCUUCUCACGUGUCGGCCGGUACACCCUGGCCUGCUACGCCUUGGUUCUCAUCCUCACUGGACCAGCCACCAACACUUUGAAGAACCUGGAUACCCUCUCUGCUUCCUUGGCUUGUGGGCAGGAACACAUAAAAUCCAGUGUCAAAGAGAUCAAGGAAUCCAAGGAGAGCCCGUUGAAUCUGGUCCAAGAAACGAUGAGCGGGACCAUAGAGAAGAUCCAAUAUUUGGCUGCGAAUAUGAAGAGUUUGAUGGUGAGGAUACAUCGCCUGGCCAUAAGUAUAGCUCACGUCCUCCAAUCGUCUCUAUCCUGGCUAAAUUCCAUCGAACUGACCUGCAACGAGAAACUUGGAACACCAUACGAGUACUGCACCAAAAUCCUUGCACAAGGAACGGAAGAUUGCUAUGAAGAGUUCCCGGAACUGUCAAACCAGUGGGAUUGGAAGGUGAUAGUGAAAGCUGUGUGUUUUAACCUGAAGCUAGAAGAGCCAUACUGCGUGGUCGGAGAUUUUGCGAAGGGAAGCAUUGUGGCUACUGUUAAGAAAAAACUAAAUACAUACUCAACCCGCCUGCAAUCUCUGCUCUCCGUCGACAUUCACAUCCGCCGCUCCCACUCUUGCUGCAACGGCAGCCAGCCCGUGAGCCAAGCGGUCGCCGGCGUCAUCACCGACCUGCGCAACCGCGCUGACACGCUGCUGGCCUGGCUGUCUUGGACCUGCGCGCUUACUGGCUUGUUCCUGAUGCUCAUUAUACUUAGAGCAAAGUACUACCUGCACAUGUUCAAGACUCGAUCUCGAUUUGACAACCGCUAUGUGACAAAGGAACUUCGGGAGCUGGACCUGAGGAGGCAGAGGCAAGGCAGGGAGACAGUCCUGCCUCUGAAUACUAGGGAGAGGGCUAAAUACGUUGCGACAUCGUCGAUCCGUCUGCUCCCGUCAGAGAGGAUGUACCUGACCAGGUCCAUAGUGUUCAUGGUGAUCACGACCCUCAAGCUGAUGAUCCACAUGGUGGCCGACUACAGCCUUUAUUGGGUGUUGAUGAACGUACGGUUCCAUGGCAGUGAGCAGAGCUUUCAACCUACCAACCGCACAGAGAGAAUCCUAGUGUCAGGCUCGGGUCCUCUGGCGGCGACAGUCCGCGUGGUGCUGGAGGCUCUGAGUGUGCCUCUUAUACUGCCCGCGGCAUCCACGGCGGGCUGCCUGCCCGACCCACACCCGCCGGACUUACGACGAUACGCGCACAUUGGAACCCUCAUUCUGCUGCUGUGGCUGCUAGCGCUGUUCGAGCCUUACGGCUUGAGACUUCGACACGUGAUCUCAGGCCGUUACGAGCCGGAACGAGCUAAGGCUCGAGCAGUCUGGCUUUACUAUCACAUUAUUAGGACGAGAAGCUGCUUCCUGAAAUACGCUAGAAGGAAACUACACAGACAAUUCAAAUAUAUGUCGGAGGAGAAAUACACAUUUCAAAAUUUGCUAAAUAAUUGUAUACCGUGCCAGUGGUUACGGACUUUGCUGGGAGUGGGACCAGCCGAGCUGCAUUGCUUGCUGUGCUGUACGAAACACCGUCAAGAAGAUCUCGAUCGACAUCUGAAAAGAUGUGAAACCCCCUCGUGCCCCGGAGUGUACUGCGCCCGGUGCUUCAUGGACAUCGGACAGCUCUGCACGAUCUGCUACUCGCCCGAAGACUACGGCGACUUGAGCGAUGUCAGCCUGGAGAAGUUUGCCUCUGAUGACAAUAGCAGUGACGAUUCUGAUUAUGACGGUGAUGAUAAUAUACCUCUCAUGGGAACGCAAGAUUAUGAAAUAAAUGAGGACGAGAAAGGUACAUGGAGUAAUCGUAAUAAGGAAAACAAUAGUAGCGUGUUUUUGUAUUCAAGAUGUAGAAGUGGUAAUGAAGAAGCAACACCGCUCUUAGAUUUUGAUUUUUUGAACAAAGAUUACGCUCAACGAGGAAUGAUUAAAAUGAAAUGUAAUAAUACUUUUAGUACACAUAAAGUAGAUGGAGAUUUUCCAAUCACGAGCGAAGCCAUAUUUAAACCUAAUCAGACUGAUAUGACAGAUGAAAUAAUAGCAGAUAAAAUUGUUCAAAAUAAUGAAGAUAAGGCAAACUUAUCGCCUUUAUACAAAAGUAGAAAAGCUCCAAUUGUUUUUGGAGAUACAGAUGUUACAGUAAACGGCAUAUCAUUUCCCAAGCGAAAAUUAGGUGCUAUUAUAAAAAUGAUGAUGCUCCUAACUACAAAGGAUGAGAAUUGUAAUAAAUACAAACGUAACCUUACUACCAAACACAAGCCAUUCGAAUAUCUUUUCAUGGAAAUGUUUCAGCCUUCUAAGUUAUUUCACAGAAUAUCUUUAGCGAGACGUAAUAAACGCAAUCAAGAAAUCAAUAACUAA